AUGUUGAAAUUUCAUUUCUGGUCACGCCGCUUUGUUGCGGCAAUAUCGGCGGUACCUUCCUCAAUCAGUUUACAUUAUAUUCGAUUUUUGAAUGCUUUCAUUCGGACUGGUUUAGGAGCAGGUUUGUACUGUCUCGUUCAUUUCUUAUUGGUAAUAAUUGUUGGAUGCGAAUAUCUCAUCCUGUUCCCAUACGAACAACAAGUACGGCCAUCAUUUCGCAUCCCCCUCUAUUAUGCUGUCGGUGCAUAUCUAAUUGUUUGCAUUCUCUUUCAUUAUCAAAAAGCUUGCUCAGUGGACCCUGGGCGACCAGAAUGUUCUAAUGCGGAACCGUUGUGCAUUUCUUGUGGAUACCAUAAACCGGAAGGAACACACCAUUGUUCACUGUGUGGUCGUUGUGUGUUGUAUAUGGAUCAUCAUUGUGUAUGGAUCAAUCAAUGUGUGGGCCUUAAUAAUCAUCGCUAUUUCUUACAAUUCGUUAUCUAUGUGUGGUUUUCGCAGUGUUUCAUACUCACUGUAAAUUAUGCGGCGUUUUGGGAACACUUCUAUUCUGUUAAUCGCUUAUCAGCUGUGCCAUAUUGUGCUCAGCAUUUAUCACUGGCGCCGUGGCGUGGUCUACUUUGUUCACUAAUACCAAAUCUUCUGAUCAGUUAUAUUUGUUUUGUUUAUGGAUUGGCAGCGCUUUUAUCCAUCAUUCUUGGAAUGUUCGCAGCAUGGAACAUGUAUUUAAUCUCAAUUGGCGAAACAUUCAUCGAUUACUUGCAACAUCGUGAUUACCGACGGAAACAGCACAGAUGGCGUUCACCAAACGAUCUCGGAUUCGUGGAGAACUGGCGUUGUUUCUUGGGACUGAAGCAGGGUCGCAGUUUCAUACGGCACAUUCUGUUGCCGUCCUCUCAUUAUCCCAUUGACAGACGUCUCAUAUGUAAAAAUGAUGUUCUCCCUUUCGUCGUAUAA